AGAGACUGUGAUUGGUGACUGGGGUUGUUAAUGAAUUUAUUAUCUAACAGCAAAUAAAAUAAUUACAUGAUGAAUCGAGAGGAUGAGUUCUCAUCACUCGUCACCCAAGCGCGUUUAAAGUGCGAAGAGGGGAAUUUUCAUGAGUCACUUAAACUUUGUCAGGACGCCUACUCACUAAAUCCUUCUUCUAGUCUUAUGAGAAAAAUUAUUCGCCUUCAAAACUUGAUUAGCGAAGAUACCAAAGAAAAUAUUCUACUGGUUCCCAAACAAUCUGGAAGUCCCUUAAAAGAAAAUACUAAGAAGUGUAUAUCGUCUGGCAAUACAACUGAGGGCAUUGAUCUUCCGAAGGAGGCGUAUCUAUAUGUCCCGUCAGAUGAAGUCGAAUCAAAGAUUGGGCAAAUUGAACAGGCAUAUCCUACAGAUCUCACUAUUUCUACUUCAAACACGAAAGAGACUUCAAAGGAAAUGAAGCUUUCUGAUGAUACUCAGUCUACUCUAGUUGACAAAGCGAAAGUGUUAUACCAAUCUGGAGACUAUGUUGAAUGCCUUCGUCUUCUUAAAAGAGCCUACAACCUUAAGCACUGUGACAAAAUAAAGCGGAAAAUGGAAAGGAUCGAAAAUUACUUGAGAGAAAACGGUAUUCCUUUUGAUAACUACGAUCAUAAGUUGCACACUAAUGUUACUGAAGUUGAUCAUGAUAAUAAAAAGGAACUUGCUGAACUCACCGACGAUUUGGUCGAAGUUGCUGACGGAUUUAGUGUUCCAAAAUUGUUAUAUGAUAAAUUGUAUGAUUAUCAAAAGUAUGGUGUUAAAUGGUUAUGGAGCUUACAUCAGAAAAAUUCUGGCGGUAUAUUAGCUGAUGAUAUGGGUUUAGGUAAAACAGUUCAGGUUAUUGCUUUUCUCUCUGGCCUAUUUGUAUCCAGUAAAUUUUGUUGUACAGUAUUGGUUGUAAUGCCAGUCAGUGUUUUAGUUACUUGGGAAGCUGAAUUAAAACGAUGGGCACCAGGACUUCGUGUGGUAAUUUUUCAUGAUAACAGUCGAACGGAUCGUCUUAAAAGUUUAGUAUCAAUUCAACGACAUGGUGGUAUUUUACUUACAACAUAUGGAACACUAGUUUCUAGUAUAAAAGAUUUGUCAACUGAUUUAAAUGCAAAUCCUGAAUUCCUACGAUCAUAUAAAAAACAAAAAUCCACUGAUGGUGAUUCCAAUGAUAUUCUUGCUAGAAUGGGUAAAGAAUUUCACUGGACUUAUUUAAUAUUAGAUGAAGGGCACAAAGUGAAGAAUUCAUCUGCUAAGACAACUAAAGCAGCUCAAGCAAUUUAUGCAGAUCAUUGUAUUCUUUUAACUGGAACUGCUGUUCAAAAUAAUCUCAAGGAAUUAUGGUCUCUUUAUAAUGUAACUCAUCGUGGUCGACUUUUAGGUACACAAAAAACAUUUUCUAUUGAAUAUGAUAAACCAAUAACUCGUGGACGCGAAAAAGAUGCUACUCGUGCUGAAAAAGUACACGGUCAAUUAAUGGCUGAAAGUCUACGACGAAUAAUAGAUCCGUAUUUCUUAAGACGUACAAAAUCGGAAGUUUUAUCUCAAAAAUAUAAUACAAAUUCAAUGGUACUUAUGAAAAAUAAAAUGCCACGUAAAACAGAAAUUGUAAUAUGGAUUUAUCUAAGUUCCAUACAAGAAUCUACAUAUCGUGAUUUUUUACAACUUGAUAAUGUGAAGGAAUUAUUAAUGCAGCGUACAAAACGUUCACCAUUAAUGGAAUUGGUAAUUUUAAAGAAACUUUGUGAUCAUCCACGUCUUUUGUCUACGGAACAAUGUUUAAAUCUAAAUUUAAAUUAUGAUGGAGACAUUAAUAAAAGAGACAAUUUUCAUAUUGAUGAAAUUAUCUCACAUAAAAUACACUUUCCACCAUCAGAACAAUUGAUUAAAGAGUCUGGAAAAUUUUUAUUUUUACAUUGUUUAAUGAAAAAGUUUUUGCUUGAAUUACAAUUGAAUCCACAGAGAGAUUCACCGCGAACGUUAAUAUUUUCACAAAGUAUAAAAUUUCUUGAUAUGGCUGAAAAAGUUAUUUUAGAUAUUAAAUGUCCUGUUAAUAAUAAUAAUGAUAAUAUAGAUUGUCCUACACAACAUCGUAUUCUACGAUUAGAUGGUCGUACUGCAAAAGUAUGUGAUCGUGUCAGUAUAAUUAACAAAUUUCAAAAUGACAAAUCUUAUACAGUUAUGCUAUUAACUACUCAGGUUGGUGGUGUUGGAUUAACAAUUACAGCAGGUAAUCGUGUUAUCAUUCUCGAUCCAAGUUGGAAUCCAGCUGUUGACUCACAAGCUGUAGAUCGCGCAUAUAGAAUUGGUCAAAAGUUAGAUGUAGUUGUUUAUCGAUUGAUUACUUGUGCUACUGUUGAAGAAAAGAUUUAUCGUCGUCAAAUAUUCAAAGAUUCCGUAAUUCGCCAGACAACUUCGACUGGUCAGAACAAAACAGACUUAGAUCCAUAUCGGUAUUUCAGUCGUCAAGAACUGGUUGAAUUAUUUAGUCUGGGAGACACACGUAUUUCGGAAACUAAACGUCAACUAGAUAUGCUACAUGAUGGUUCAGACAGGUGGUCUGACAAUUCUAUUAGCCCACAUUUAAAAUUUCUCAGUAGUGAUGCGCUAAAGCAUGUUAUAUAUGGAUUAUCAUUUCAUGAUUUAAUGUUUAGUAAAGAAUCUGUUAAUGAGGGAGCUAUCGAUACAGAUCAUGAAAGAUUAUACGUUAUGAAUCGUUGUGUUGCAGCUGAACGUGCUAUAGCUGAAGAAUGUGUUACUGAAGGAAGAGUUAUUGGUCACGAAACGGCACAAACAGAAAAUAAUGUUAGAUCAUUACCAACACAUUUAGCAAAUCUUAAUUUACAAAAUGAACUACCAUCUUCCAGUUACCACAAUCGUGAAAAUCAUUUUGCUAAUCAUGUACCACUGAAUCAAUUAUUCAAGCCUUCUCACUCUGACACUCAUAGACCAAUGUUUAAUAGACCAGUAACAUCAUUUAACAAGCCAAACACUAACAUAAUCCAUGCUUCAUCUAACACUGAACAUCUUAGUGAAAAUAAGAUUCACAAUUCAAAUGCGCCUUUGGUUUCUACUACUGCUAAUCAUCAAUUAAUUGAUCAGAGUAGUCCUGCAGAUAUAAACAGCGUUAAUAGACCCCUCUCGCCAAGUGUGGAACAUCGUCUGUCACAAGAUGUUAUGGAAGUACAGCAGGAAUCGGUUAACAGAUCUCUGGAAAUCAGGAAUCAAUCCUCCUAUAGUCUAUCAGAUGAUGAUUACCUUGAUAAAUCUUCUGGUUCACCAGCUGCCAAUGCAGAAUGUAUUACCAUUGAAGAUUCAAUUGCACAAAGUUUACAUGAAAUGAGUAUCACUCAGAAAACUCCAUUAAAAUCUUAUGAUAAUGAGAAAAUUAGCAGAGAUUCGAAUAUUUUAAAAACUCCACUUGAUCAUUUCCGAUCUUCAUUGAAUGCAAAGUCAUCAUUUACUCCAUUCAAUUCAAAUUUCUGUCGUUCUACUCCAUUAUCUUCAAAGAAGCCAACAAAGAUUCCUCCAUAUGAACACUUUGAACAAGAUGGAAAGGAAUUAAACGAAGAUCUCGUUAGUGUCAAAUCACCAACAAAUUCUGAUCCUGCUCAGAAUUACAUACAUAUGGAUAUUAGUGUGGAUAUAAACGAGGAUGAUUUAGCUAACUCAGUGCAUAUGAAGUCAAUUCAACAGGUACUUGCAAAAUCUGGUAUUUUGAAUACUUCUAAUCCAAACAAAAUGAAUGAAAUCGAAGGAGAAAUUCAAAAAUCUCCUACCCAGGAGGAAAUGAAUUCAAUUUCAAAAGAAAACGAUUUCACUGAAUCUUUAAGCAAUUCUAACGAUGUCAUGGACUCCUACAUAAGUCAUCAGUCUGUUGAGAGAACACAUAUUGACGAUACUGAUAUUAUUGAGUCGAGUUUUUAAAGACAUUUUUAACUUGAUUUUAAAACAUGUAAAUAGUGCUGUCAGUUUAUUUUUAGUAUUAAGUUUCUUUUCUUUUAUCUAAAUCUUCUUUAAAAUUCUGUUGAGAUUGUAAUUGUAAGUAAAAAGUAUUCGAAUGAAUAGAAAAUAGAAUUUCUG